AUGGGUCGUGAGAUUGCAGAUCUGUUCGCGGAGAUCAGGGACAUACGUCUAACUAUCCGUACCAUUGUUUGGGACAAGCAAACGUACCGUGACGCCGGCAACCGGGGCAUGCGCGGGGGAUUUUGCGGAGAAACUGGAGGCCGUGGUCUAAGCGGGGUGCCCCGCUGGAGAUCUCCACAACCACCGUCCGGUGAUGAAGACGGUGAGGAGACAAUCUUGGAGGCGACCAUGACAUGCGGCGACAGGGCCCGGUCUUCGUGGACGGCGACGAUCAACGCUACGACAAAAGCAGACGCAAGGAGGCUGCCUUCGACGGCAGAUAUCAUUCUCGACACGAUUGGGGACUUGAUCGCAAAUAUGGUCGAUGGAAGGGCCCGUUUCGCGUUGACAUCUCUGAAUUUGACGGUGAGCAAGUUGACGGCCCAUUGUACGAUGCCUAUGUUUGAUGAAGGACCCGAGGAGGUGGAGGAGCGUCUUACUAGCGAAGUGGACGAUCUCUACGACGGUCCGCCGACCUUUGAUAAGGAGCCUUCGGGGCUGAAGGAUGAAGCUGGAACUACUGCUAUCAAAAUCGUUGAAGAAGACACGCGGUUAUAUAUGUUGCAGCAGUUUCAUGAAGGGAAGUGUGAGGUUGCCAUUGUUGACGAUGGUGCACUUUCCAAAUCGAUUCUCGGAAACAAAACAUGUUAUUUAUUGGAUUGUGGUUCCGAAGUAUUUGUUUGGGUUGGCCGGGUAACUCAAGUGGAGGAGAGGAAAAGUGUCAUUCGCGCAGCUGAGGAUUUUAUGGCUCACCAAGGUAUGUUGGAGAAUAAGUUAGAAAUUAAAUAUUAUUAUAAGAGAUCUUGUCUUGUUGGACAAGUUAUGAAUAAGAGAGUAUCUUGUUUAUCUUUCCCACUCGUACGCUUUCCUACAUCAAGAAGGCUGCUCGAGAGCAAGAGAGAAAACGCCUUACAGACUUUGCUGCUCUCUGGGCUCGCCAAAUGGUGCUGGAGAUGGGGACCGACUACUUCCAAUUCGCAAUGGAAAGAGCCGGUGCAAAUUGCUGAGGACGAUUUCGGGGACCUCGACCGCACUUUGGCCCGAUCUGAUGUGCUAAAGAAGAAUUUCAAGCUGCCCAAUAGCAUUACUCCUCAUGUCUCUAUGUCUCGGGCUAUGGUCGAGUCGAUCCGUUUGCGGCCCUUAUCCGCAGCACUGGAAUCGACCUCUGGUUUGAGCCACCUUAUGGCCCUAAUCAUGAUGGAUUUUUCGCCUUCGAACACAUGCCCGCCAUCAAAGGUGUGGUCGAUACAUGAGACUAUUCGACUUCGUGGCCUUAAUCAUGAUGUAUUUUACGCCUUUGAACACAUGCCCACCCUCAAAGGGGUGGUCGAUACAUGCGACUAG